AUGAUAAUAGACGCCUUCGAAAUUUACGGUCACGACCCGACAGACAAAUUAGACAACCUGUGGCUCUAUCAGAACGAAAUGAUGAGGAUAAGGACAGCUGAAGAUCAGGUUUUAUUGAUAACCCUUGAUGAUGUUUUGGACAAUAUGAUGACAAUGUAUGAGAAUCAUAAUUCCAUUGGCGCUGAACGUAGAGCGACAUACACCGGGGGUCCUGUACCCACAGAAUUCUAUUUAAGUCAAGAAUAUUAUUGCGGUAAAAACGUGUAUAUAUUUUUAUCUGAACUGUACAGCGAUAUUUAUAAUAUUGGAAAAGGUGUCGCGCCGUACUGUAAGGACCGAUCUUUUGUGUUUCUCGGCUUUUUGCACUAUCACGACGAGCAGAAGUACUAUCUUCUAGAUGACCCCAGCAUCUCUUUUCCGACGGAUAAUUAUAUACACGGUCUGGAGUGUCAUGUUGGAGUUUGUAUAUUCAGAUUUCCGUUCAAAAAGUUAUUACAACGGGAAAGAGACGUGUCUACUCUUCCAAAAGCCAUCGUAAAAUGUGGUCUCGUCAUGUACAAACUACCGCCACUUUCGGCCGCGGCUUGUAUUAUUGCAUCAGGGUCUUUUAUUCUGGACUUCAAUAUUCAAGGAUUACGUUAUAGGCAUUAUGACUAUUUGCUAACAACUCCAAACGGUAACACGUACUACACAAAAGAAGCUAAUACACCCCUUGUCUGUGACCACCAUGUAUGUGAGUGGAAUUACACCAACCAUUAUGGAGGACCAUUCUUAAUACCUGGAGAUCCAGGCACAGGAAUUGAUCCUGUACCUCCAUACAUAGAACCGACACUUAAACCGGAUGGUGAUGAAGAAAAUAUCACUGUGCCUUUUGCCAAUUCGAGACACAUAAGAUUUCUACAACAGCUUUUGUCUCUUGGAUUUUCAUUUGCCUCCUGGUUGAGACUAAGGAUUGGGGGUCUUUACUGGUAUCCGCAAUGGAUGGGAGCAAUGCCCCAUCACCCUUAUUCGCCAUUAAGCGAGGACAAGGGUAGUUUCGAACCGCCUGGAGCUUUCUACCCUCAACAAAAUUACGAUAUGGAAGAUGCAGAUACAGAUACUUAG